UCGACGUACCUGUGGCCUUCCGGAAGGAAGCCCGGCGGCUGACCAUGGCGAACGCCGCGGAGCAGUGGGUGCUGGUGGAGAUGGUACAGGCGCUGUACGAGGCUCCAGCUUACCAUCUUAUUUUGGAAGGAAUUUUAAUACUCUGGAUAAUCAGACUUCUUUUCUCAAAAACUUACAAAUUACAAGAACGAUCUGAUCUUACGCUCAAGGAAAAGGAAGAAUUGAUUGAGGAGUGGCAGCCAGAACCUCUGGUUCCUCCUGUCUCCAAAGACCAUCCUGCUCUCAACUAUAAUAUUGUUUCAGGCCCUCCGAGCCACAACAUUGUGGUGAAUGGAAAAGAAUGUAUAAACUUCGCUUCAUUUAAUUUUCUUGGCUUGCUGGAUAACCCUAGGGUGAAGGCAGCAGCCUUAGCCUCUCUGAAGAAGUAUGGUGUGGGGACCUGUGGACCUAGAGGAUUUUAUGGCACGUUUGAUGUUCAUUUGGAUUUGGAAGACCGCCUGGCCAAAUUUAUGAAGACAGAAGAGGCCAUCAUAUACUCAUAUGGAUUUGCCACCAUAGCCAGCGCUAUUCCUGCUUACUCUAAGAGAGGAGAUAUUGUGUUUGUAGAUAAAGCUGCCUGCUUUGCUAUUCAGAAAGGAUUACAGGCAUCACGUAGUGACAUUAAGAUAUUUAAACAUAAUGAUAUGGCUGACCUGGAGCGACUACUAAAAGAACAAGAGAUUGAAGAUCAAAAGAAUCCUCGCAAGGCUCGUGUGACUCGACGUUUCAUUGUAGUGGAAGGAAUAUACAUGAAUACUGGAACUAUUUGUCCUCUUCCAGAACUGGUUAAAUUAAAAUACAAAUACAAAGCAAGGAUCUUUCUGGAAGAAAGCCUUUCCUUUGGAGUCCUUGGGGAGCAUGGCCGAGGUGUCACUGAACACUAUGGAAUCAAUAUUGAUGACAUUGAUCUGAUUAGUGCCAAUAUGGAGAACUCCUUGGCUUCUGUGGGAGGUUUCUGCUGUGGAAGGUCCUUUGUCAUUGACCAUCAGCGACUCUCUGGGCAGGGAUACUGCUUUUCAGCUUCGUUACCUCCCCUGUUAGCUGCUGCUGCCAUUGAAGCCCUCAACAUCAUGGAAGAGAACCCAGGUAUUUUUGCAGUUUUGAAGGAAAAGUGCCAAAAAAUUCAUAAAGCUUUACAAGGCAUUUCUGGAUUGAGAGUGAUGGGGGAAUCCUUUUCUCCUGCAUUUCACCUGCAUCUGGAAGAGAGCACUGGGUCUCGAGAGAAGGAUGUUAAACUGCUUCAGGAAAUCGUAAAUCAGUGCAUGAACAGAAGUAUUGCAUUAACUCAGGCACGCUACUUGGACAAAGAAGAGAAGUGCCUCCCUCCUCCGAGAGGACGAGCUGGAGAGAGCUGCAGCCACCAUCAAGGAGGUGGCCCAGGCUGUCCUGCUUUAGGCCGAGCUCAGCCCUGGUGGCUCUUACCGCACGACAUGCAGAAGAACAGAGACCUCCCACAGGCCAAGGAGAGCCCUAAGGAGAACUCCAGGGUGUUUGACAGGAUUAUCACCAAACAGUGCGUAUGGACCAAGCGUGUGCCCAGGAGAAAGAAGCUGAUUAUUUUUAAAAAGAAAACACUUCUAAAAACCCAGGAACUGAUUUUUUUUUUUAAAGAGGACAGCUAAUGACAGCAUAUAACAUGUAUUUAAAUUGUGCUCUUUAGUACUGUUUAAAAGCUUUAUUACCCUCGUAUUUUGUAUUCUUUUCAUUGUCACUGUUUAAAACUGGAGCCUCAGUCUGUCUCCUCUGCCUUCUAUUGGGAAUGAUUCUGUGUGCACUCCAGAAGACUGCCCAGGGGAGGGACCGUGCGGCAGCAGAGCCAGGAGGAUGCUCGCUCCUGGUGCAGAGGGUGGAACUGAAGAUCUAACCCAGCCACAUCACGUGAAUCGAAAACCACGUAAAGGAGCACUUUGUUGUGAGAUUACUACGGACUUUUCAUUAGAUUUUAUUCCUAGAAUUUUUAUAUACACUAAAUAUUAAUGUGACACCAUUUCUAAUCUAAGCAUUCCUAACCAGAGAAUAUUCAUUAUAAUUUCUACAUAAGCAAUAAUUUAAAUCAAAUCUUAUUUUAAUAUGAUUGACCUUUGCACUUACAUGUUGACUUCUAAUCUGUUUUAAGAAGGUUAUCAUGUUGAUCCCAAAAAGAGAAACUAUAUCCUGGGUACCUUAGGGUAUCUCAGAUGUAUUUCCUUUAUAUAGAGAUGGAUUGCCUCAGGAUGUAUAACUAUAGGCUUUGCCUAAGCUCAAAGAAAUGAGAACUUUUCUUUUAAGCUUAUGAAUUUCAAAUAUAUAAGAAAGAUGUAAAGUCACUAAGAAGUUAAAUGUUUAAGCUGUGCUUUAGCUAUCUGUUUUUUCUUUAGCAAAUCAAGUUGAGUGGGUAAGGAUUUGUGAUAUGUGCUAUAAAAAUUUUGCAUAAAUAUGACACCAUUAGUCCUUCUUUUAUUAAAGGUAGAGGAAUAAAAUUAUAAAAGGUCAUUUUUAUAAUCUGUAUUCACAUUCAGAAGAGGUCGUCACCAUCUUUUUAAAUAACAUCAUUUUUUAAUGUUCAGUUUCUGUUCUUGAGUUAUUUCAUACGUAUGUGCCUUGUGAUUGCUGCUGCUUUAAAGGAUAUAGUUCUCUAGGGAUGUGAAUCUAUGUUUGUUUUUUAAUGAAAUAAACCUGCAUUCCUGAUGAUCAA